GCCAUACUUAAGCACCAGACCUCGUUUCCAGUGCUGCUCAUCAUCACACCCACAAUAAUAAACACAGACAACGCCUCAACUAAGAACGUAGGGCGAAGCCUGACACCAGACAGAACACAUAACAACAGAAGAUCAGAACCUCGACAUGUCCAAUACAUGCCCCACCACCCCAAAAACGGCAAUUCACCAGCCAAAGACCCCUCACGCGCCGAAGAAGCCAAAGGCAGAUACUCUCAAAUUUCUCCAGCCAGUAGUAUACAAGCCCAAGGCGGAGAAGAUGCGGAAGGAAGAAGAUACUAUCAUAGAUGCUCUCGCCCGAGCAGGCGUGUUAAAAGCUCUUCAACCGAAGAAAAAGGCCCGCUCAGCACCUAGAAAACUCACCGUCAGCAUCAUCGACGGCCACACCGGUCGCAUGAUCACCAAGUACGUUCCCAUCCAUCGGCUCAUUAGCAUCUCAUCCAGGGCCGCAGAGUUCCUCAACCCCCGACCGACCGUCACUGAGUACAAGAUCUACGGCAAGUACAACUUCAGCGUCCUCGCCAACGUGAUCAAUUCCAUCACGCUCUCCCACGACCUCCCCAUCGCUGCAGACCUCCCCUCAAACCUACUCACCUACGAGGCUUGUCUGCGCCUGGGCAUCAACUUCACGCACGCCUUCGUCAAACCGCUCCUCGCCGCGAUUAAUGUGCAGAUAUCGUCCACUCUCACCGACGCCGAGAUCCUGACAUUCGUGACAUACCGUAUCAGCGCUGUAGACCCCGUGUUCACACACAUGGCGAAUGUGCUGUGCCACCGGCGCUUCACGGGUAGUAUUGGCGAUGUGCCGUCGUUUGAGAAGAUGGUUGCAAAGAAGGUGGUGCUGCAAGAGGUUAUGGUGCAGAUUGAUCAGUCGCACAAGGAGCGCCGCAAGGCGAUUAAUGCGUCGAAGUGGGCGCGUAAGGCUCCAGAUGUUCAGCCUCAGGCUGGUAAGGGCAUUGACAAGGAGAAGUUAAAUGAGGAGCAGAAGGUGCUUCUCAAGCUCUUCAAGGGUGAGUAGACUGUAGACGCUGAAAACCAUGAAAAUCUGAAAGAUGGGAAAAGGUGCUUAGAAGGAGUCUAGGCGUGAAUGAAGGCAAGUAAUGGAAACAGGUAAGUGAUUUCCAAGUAUCUAGCAAUGCUUCAAUCGAGCGCAGUUUUACGUAUACUAUGGGUGAUAAAACAUAAAAGGGUGCUUUGAAUUAGCAGACAGAUCUACAAGUGAAACUGCAACAGAAAGGAAAUGUCAUGAUAACGGUGCUGGAGACAAGAUGGUAGGCAACGACUGAGCUGCACGGCUAGCGUGACGCAC